AUGUCAGGCAAUCCUGUACAGCGUUCGGGUGUGCCUAGUGCCGCAUCGACUUCUCUCGCUCGGCACGCAUCCAACGCAUCGUUGCAGAGCUCCAAAAGUCAGUCGGGGCACAGCGCAUCCGCAUCCACUCGUGGACCACCAUUAGCCAUCUCGAGUGCAUCGGUCAGCAGCUCCCCUCAGGCAUCCCCUCGACUCUCUUCCAACAACGCGUUGCCAGUCUCGGGGAAUGGUCGAAGUUUGGCUGUAGGAGGGCGAAGCAACGGAGGCGGGAAAGGCAAAGCAUCUGUCUCAACCCCGACCGCACUCGUGGGCAAUGUCUUUAUCGGCGAGGAGAGCGUGUGGAAAAGCAGCGCGGCAAAGAGGGCGGAGAAAGCGUGGGCUGUACAGAGCGAAAAGACGCUGCAGUCGGACUCCAAGUUCAAGAAGUACGCUUCAAGCGUUGAGAAAGCUCUGGCUUCCUUCGAAAGCGUGGCGGAGUGGGCAGAUUUCAUUGCCUUUCUUGCAAGGUUGCUGAAGGUGAGCGUGGACGGGGAUCGAGAGUAAGCAUGUCUUUUGCUGAGUUGUAUGCGAUCCGACGAACUUUGUAUGCAGACGCUGCAAGCAUUUCCUCAGUUUGCCGCCAUUCCACGCAAGCUUAUCGUAGCAAAGCGGCUCUCCCAAUGCUUGAAUCCAGCUUUGCCCUCUGGCGUCCAUGCGCGAGCUCUGGAGGUGUACGCACACAUCUUCGAGAUAAUUGGCAGCGAAGGUAUUCGCAGGGACCUCGCUGUCUGGUCUCCUGGUCUCCUGCCCUUCUUUCAAUCAGCCUCCACAUCCAUCAAGCCGACCGUCUUGGGUCUCUUUGAGAAGUUCUACCUGCCUCUGGAAGAGGAUCUUCGACCUGUCACGCGGGCACUCCUACUCGCCCUUUUGCCAGGUUUGGAAGAAGACACCGGAGAGUUCUUCGACAGAGUACUGCGCCUUCUCGAUCGUCUUCAGCUUCUGGUGAAGCAACCAUUCUUCCUGCAAAAUGUUUGGCUCAUUUUGGUCUCAUCGCCCUCCAUUAGGCUUGCAGCUUUGAACUACUUGUCUCGACGCCUUCCUCCGCUGAACGGGCCCUUUACCCAGAAGGAUGUGGUAGGAGGCAUUGUCAAAUCCUCGGGCGACUUAGCUCAAGUCGGGCACGCCCACGCAUCGGAUGUAGUAGGGCGCGACAUAGGUCUAUUAGCCCGAGCAUUCGCUGCUGCCUUGGAGGACCCAGUCUUAUUGGUAAGGCGAGCGGCACUAGAUCUGCUGGUCACGCACCUGCGGCUAGACUCGCACACAUUCAAGAAGCUGAUACCAAGCGAGGAACAGGUCGGAAUCGUCCGCGCUAGCAUGACUGUCGUCCUGCGGCGAGACCUCAGCCUCAAUAGACGACUUUAUGCGUGGCUACUGGGCCCUAGCGAAGAUCCUCAAGCUCAGCGCGCUUACCUUCGAGAGCAUGCCCUAGCUCUUGUGCGCCAAGCUCUGAUUGAAGACGUCUACGCCGAGCCACUCGUGGAGAGCAUGGUAAAUGAAACAGCCCUGAGUCAAGAGGAUGUUGAUGCCGACGUCGAAGCCAGGCAGCGGCCUCUGCGAAUAUUUGUCAGUCUACUGGACAAGUGGGAGAUUGGACAAGCUCUGACCAACGACUUGGUCAUCGACUUGCUGCGAGCUUUACAAUCUCAGCUUGCCGAAGAUCUGAAUCCGCGACCUGUCGGCGUGGGCGAAAUUUUGACCACAGCAAAGAUGCUGUUCGAAGUAAUUGACCCAUUCGCAACAUAUCGCCAAUUCUUCUCGGCCCUGCACGCUGAAAUGAGUUUUCGGGACGAGUCAUCACAAGGAUCCGGAAGCUCGACUUCGGCAAUCGUACUGCUUCAAUUCGUCUUGCAGACGUUUCGCGUUCACGACGAGGAGACUCGGCAAAUCCAUAUUCCAGUGCUGGUCUCCGCUCUCGCCGAGCUCGUCGAGGAAGCUGCGCAACCUGAUACAGAGCUGAGCGAGGGCCAGCAACGCCUUCUGGAUCAGGCUCUUGACCUCACAUCGGAGCUACUGAACUUGAUUCCAGCGAGAGUCUUCGUUUGUGAAGCGGUCCAAUCAGUCGAAACAACUGAAUCUCAACGAGCUUUCUCCAAAGGACCGCGCGGAUUCGUUGAUAAGGCAAAAACCUUUUACGGAGAACGCGGUGUGGAUGUCAGUGCGGACGAAGCUGCUGCCAAAUACAUCGGUUUCCACGAUCCUGAGGUGCUCAAGGACUUGCUGGACACAUGCGCACGCAUUCCUAUGCGUCUUGCCAGGUACCCUAAGCUGUUCAUUAAUGGCCUUCGACUCACGACGGAGCUUCUUGCGGUCUAUGACGCUGCAGAGGAACCGUCAGUGCGCGUUUUAGCACCCUCAGCGCGCUCAGAGUCCAAUUCAGGGCUCAAGGUUGGAGCUCACACGGCGGAAGCUGGGGUGGCCUGGGACGCUGCCGGGUGGGGACGGGCGCUGAUGGUUCGUCUGGAGGACGCGGAAGCCUUUGAAGAGGUCGAUCAUAUCAUCGAUGGUCUGAUCGCCGCAGCCACGUGUAGGCCAUUGGUCACAAAGCUCAGCAUCGGUGAUCGUAGCCAGGUCGUGCUAAUCCUCAAUAAGGUGAGACGUGAAGCUACUCAAGACGUAGUUCAUCGCCAUGCUCUCACAUAUUAACCUCGUCUAUGAUCUGCUCGACCUUUAGCUUCAAUCCUUUCUGCAACCUGGUUUUGCGCCAUAUCACGUUCGCGCCAUCGAGUUGCUAUGGACUGUCCAACAAUUGGCCCGUGGUCAUCACGUCGAGGCCAUAUUCAGCGAGAAUAUCUGCACUCGCAAGGCAAGCAUUCGGCAGCGCUGGUUGAACGCGUUUGGUGUCCUUUGGGCCAUGACAGGUGUGUGACUUAUCUGCGAAUGUUGCUGUGUCUCUACUGACUUCGUCUUGUCCCUCAGACGAACGCGACGCCAGUCUCACAGCCCUGCGGAUACCUUUACUUCGAGUCGCUGAAGGUCUUCACUCAGACUGCGCAUCGACUCGCCACUCCAGUGAAGCGUGGCUGCGCACGUAUAUGAAGAGCUACUUGCCGCUUCUAGAGCCCCUCGUCGCGGCCAUGCACCAUCCAAGCAGCAGAGCAGCAGAUCAGCAAUGUGUCGCCAGCAGCGAAGCCGACGAUACAUCUGGUCUCCUGGCUUACCCACAACCUUUCGAUUAUGAUGAUCACGGGCAUGCUCUGCAGCUUUUACUUUGCCUAUUGCAAUUUGGCGGCAGUGUGUUCCUCGCGUCCGCAAGGGGGGCACGCUUGAAAGUGGGACACCUUCGCUCGGCAGCGAUGGACUACGAUUUGCUGGCCAAGCACGAAGAAGAAGACACCUACUUGGACGCAAUCAUUGAGGGCACUUUGCUUGACAUCAGGUCCCGGCCAGCGAGCGACGUAGAGGCAGCAUAUGCCUUUCAACACUUGCAAUCUGUUCUGCGCUCGUUAGACAUCUUGCAAAUCAUUGCGGGCGAGGCUCAGUUGAGCGUCGCAGCACUCGAGGCGGCUGAAACACGCAUUAUGCAGCGACUUAUCUCAAGCAGCACGACAGAGCAGACACAACUGCAAGCCAAGCUUCUGCGAGUACUACAUACGGUCAGCAAGGCGCGAGGAAACUCGAGUUCCAAAGCCCAUAGAGGUGGCACUGGCUCAAUCAUUAACAGCAGGCAAUCUGCGAGAAGCGAUUCGGCAGUGGCAGCGAAGGGCAUUCAACCACACCCGCUUCUGCUAAGAGCACUGCGCGAGGGACUGUCCAUCGGGCCUAACGCCGAUGCGCUUUCGGCCUGGGCAGAAUUUGCGUGCAAUAUCACCCAACUGUACCCAUCAGCCGAGCAAAAGCUCCUUCUUCCGUUGGCAGAACACAUUUGCGCCUUGCUGCGAAGUGCUAUUGACAAGAUCGACCUUGCGUUUGGCCUUGCCGAUGCGCUACCACCACCAAAUGCCAUUUGCGGCGUCACGGACGGCACAAUUGCGUCACUGUUGAACGUAGCCGAGCGAGCUCUUGCCUCUUCACUGGCAAAAGAUCGAGGCCCAUUCGCCGGCGAGGCGCCUGGUACAGUCGGAGACGGUGAUGCAAACUCGACUCCGGCGCCCUCUGUCAACGAGAAGUCCGACGCCGCCCCUAGCGCAGGCCUGUUUGGUUAUGUAUCAAAUGUCUUCUCAAGCGAGUCUAGUGCAGCGACCAAUUCUGCCAGCCCAGCUGUCGCUGCGAAUGCUCUGUCACGCACGCUGCAUCACGUGGUGCGGACUCUGCACAAGCUCUACAGUACUGUUCGAGCGGAUAGAAAGCUGCCACUGGACUCGCGCGGGCUCGCUUUUGAGGCAAUGGCUCCAAGAGUCAGAGCGCGAUGCAGGCGCACCUUAGAGCGCCUUUACAGGACCCAUUCUGGUGAAGUGGUGGAAAGCUUGAUCGACUGUUGGGACAGCGACGCCCGGCAAGAGGGCGCAGAGGCAUCCGCAGAUGCUCAGUGCACCUUUGCGAUCUUAACUUUUCUUGCUCCAAGCGCUCAGAUGGUAGUUACUUUCCUGUGCGAUGUUCUCAACACGCGCACCUCUACCAGCAUUUCGUUGAGUGAAAAGCGUGCACGUGGUGGCACAGAAUUCAUCGUGUGAGUGCCCACAAGAAAGAAGACCGGGCACUUCGCUGACAUUCUCGACCUCACACGCUGCUGGCGCAGGAGCGAGACUACCUUGUUCUGCUUCCUGGAGGUGUACUUGAGUCGUCUCGAUCAGACCUCCGCCACUCAAGUCUGGCCAGUGGUGAACAUCCUUGUCAAAGAAAUCACCAAGAAUUCUGCUUCACAUAAAGCUAGGAUCUUUCCAACACUUCGCGUUCUGACAACGAUCGGGGAAAAGCUCAGUCAGACCUCGCCGCCCGAGGACAAGCUUGUGCGCCGAGAGCUUGCGGUGAGUGCAAACAUCGUUGAUCCUGAAUGUCUGCUCCGAGCUAUCUGUUCCUCAUUUCGUCUUUUGUAACUCCGCAGGAACACGUCGUUGCUCUAACAGACCUUGCUAUCACGAUAUCCGGUCGCUCGUUUGACGCGAAGACGUGGAUGCGACGCUCGGGCAAGGAUACGGACGUGUUGUCGGUAAAUGGAGAUGGCAAAUCGACACCCGAUGAUCGAAUGGCACAGUCCUUGACAGAGCCUGCACAGGCAAGCGGCCUGCUGCCUCAACUCGUCAGUGCGCGUGGUUUCCGUUCUUUCCGCGCGGAAUUCGCUAACCCAACGCUUGUUGACAGAUAAACGAUUACCUGGCAACGCGCAUCCUUCCCGCUCUCCGCAAGUUUGGUGUUCAUCAAGACAAAGUGUUGGCAAUUUGCACAAACGCCAUCUACUACAUCGUUGCUCCGAGUUUGAAGAGCCGAGAUGAGUGAGUACUUCCUCUUCCCUUGACGAGAUUCGGGGCGUCUCACUUACGCUUCUAUCCCAUUCGCAGGGCACUCGACAUUGAUGUGCAUGCUCUCAAAGUUUUGCGAGAGCUGACGCGACAAUCUGGAGCCCUGAAAACAUGGCGAGGCUUGGUCGCCGACACGUUCGGUGACCCGCGCUUCUUCUCGAUGGCCCCGAAGGCCAGCAUUGGCUGGCAGCCGAUUGUCUUCGCACUACACAACAGUGAUAGGGAACGCUUUAUCGAGUUGUUGAGUGAGUCACCUCUCAUUUCACUGCACACGACUUCUAGCGACUGAUCACGAUGUUCCUUGUGCUUGCAGACAAAGCUGUCGCACCUCCUUCCGCUAACAUCUUCGCCAAUCGAGAGACGGAGACGCUUACGCGAUGUCUCAAUAUGCGCCGGGCCUCGUUCGUCAUCUUCUCUGGACCCAAGGAUCACUUCAUACCCCUUCUGCCAAGCAUUCAAGAAAAGGUCGUCGACAUCUUGCGCACCAGCAAUGCUGAUCGAUCAGCCGCAGAGGUAUGUCGUUCAGCGUCUUCGUGGCUACUAUGAACACGUCUGAACGACGCAUGUCCUGGUUGUCGCAGGUCUACCUGUGUAUGCGUGUCCUCCUACGGAGUUUCUCAACGCAGCAUCUGGCCGGCUUUUGGCCAGUCAUCAUCACAGAGAUGGUGAGGACUUCGCGUGGGUUGCACAAGUAGCGAGCUCCCAACUCACACAAUUGCCCCUUUGCUCGCCAGAUGCGGCUUUUUGAGAGCUUGUCAGACGAGCUACCUGCGGACGGGUCCGACGCAUUGCACUCAGUUCUGUCCGCCUGCAAAUUCUUGGACCUGCUUCUGACGUUACAAACAGACGACUUCCAGAUGUGCGUUCGAUUUAUUGAGCAUUCGAUUGGAUGUAGCUGGUACUAAUUGCUUUUCUUCUUGCGUGUGGCUUAGACAUCAAUGGAUGUUCAUUACCGACACCUCGGACGUUGUCUACCCAAGCGACGACUGGGCUCCCGAGUCCGUCAUGGAGCGCGUUGCAUCUAUCAUCGAAGAGCGGCGACCUGCUCCGGUAAGUUUACAGACCUGCAUUUGAGAGCUCAAGCCCGUCCUGCGCUCACGCUGGGGCUUGUGUCUGUGUACAGCCUCAGAGAGGCUCUCAAACCACAUCGAGCGUUCUCAAGACGUCUGCGGCGGACUCGGCUGGGGCUGUGCCACCUUUACAGAAGCGAGGUUCCCGUGCAGGACCUUUGCGCCGACCUCUUUUGUGCUCGACACGCAGUGUACAGAGCAUUGAGGCGUUGCAGCAUUUCUUCGCGCAUGUCAGCUUGGCCAGUUACGAGUCAACACGGGCGUGCACAUCUGUUGAUUUCGAGGCCAUCGACGAUGCGUUGCGGAGCGAGUUUUUCGAUCUCCAUGUUGCCUAG